CAAUCUCUUUAUCUUUUUAAUGCGGUAAGGAUACUCGAUACUAGUCGAUUAGCCUAUUACUCGCGACAACACACUAAGGGUCACUUUGUGCUCAGCAUUCAUGAGCGUGACUAUAACAACUGAUGAAUAAAAACAUCGCCCGGAGGUCAUCGGCGUCAAAGCAGUGGGGAACAAGCCAAUGCGAUGGUGCAAGACAGCACAGCUGCUCUGAGGGUGAAGCGCAACAGAUGAGCAGAUAGACACAGCUGCUGCUCUACUGACUUACAAACGCUGUUCUGGAUAACCGACAACAAUGAACACAAACGACGCGAAGGAGUACCUCUCCAAACGACAGAUCCCACACCUUUUUGAGAGCAUGUUAACAGGGCUGAUGUACCACAGGCCCGAGGACCCUUUGGCAUUCUUGGAGAGUUGCCUGCAGAAAACGCGAGACCUCGGGGGUCCUAAAUGUGUGGCCUGGGACACUUUCAUUACACCUGAUCGAAAACCUCUACCACCAAUCACCCCGGCACAGGGAAAGAAAGCCCCCUCCAAACUCGAUAGUGGUCCUGGUCCAGGCCCCGGACCUUACCGUCGAUAUGACAGGCUGCCACCAAUCCAGGCCCAGUUCUCCAUAGAAAGUGACUCAGAUAUGACGGAGUCCUCAGGACUCAUACAGGAAUAUGAUGUCUUUGACCCAUCAAAACCACGACCACACAUCAUAUUCAUUAUAGGUGGACCGGGCAGUGGGAAGGGCACUCAGACAGCUAAACUUGCACAUCACUAUGAUUACGAGCAUGUGUCUGUGGGGGAAAUUUUAAGGAACCAGUUGCUGCAUCAUGCCCCCAGUGACAGGAAAUGGGAGCUAAUUGCUCAGAUUAUUGCCAAUGGAGAACUGGCACCCCAGGAGACAACUAUUGAAGAGCUGAAACAUCAGUUUAUCAAAAAGCAGGAUGCUAAAGGAUUCAUUGUGGAUGGAUUCCCCAGAGAGAUCUCACAGGUGUUCACCUUUGAGGAGCAGAUUGGCUCCCCAGACUUGGUGAUCUUGCUUGCCUGCUCCAAUCAGCAACUCCGGCAGCGUCUAGAGAAAAGAGCGUCCCAGCAGGGCCGUCCCGACGACAAUACUCACGCUAUUGAGAAGAGACUAGAUACAUUUAAACACAAUAUCACACUCAUUGCCAAGUACUACCAGGAGAAAGGACUUAUUGUAAGGGUCGAUGCUGAUCGAGAAGAAAAUGACAUUUUCACAGACAUUUGUACCAUUGUCAAGGAGAGACUGUUCCCUAGCGACACAAAUGCAAGCAGUUGUGAAGAUCUUUAGAGGGACGUCUAAACAUCCAACCAACUGCUGCCAUUAAAUCCAAAAUGUCAAAAGCAGCCUGCCAAACAUUUUAUUUUACCAUAAGUUUUCAUCAAUAAACUUGUGGGUCAGAGUCGAGGGUCAGGAAAAAGAGUCAAGGAAGAAAUAUAAUAUACUGUAUAUUUUACACUUGUUUUUGCCUCUAUUUGUACUUCACUGUGAAUCUUCUCUGUACAACUUUUCUAGUAAUUUAAUAAGAAUAACUUUUUAGAGCAGACAUUUUUCCAACAUUUUCUGUUUUUGUUUCAGAAUUUUAAUGUUUUGACUUGAUAUUAUUCAUGUAUGCUUGGAGCUCAAGCCAGAAAUAACGUGAGUUGCUAAAAAAAACCACCAAAGUAUAAAAUAAUAUCAAAUACAAUAACAAUAUAAAAUGUUUUCAAACAAUUUACCUCACCUAUUCCUUCCUUAAUCCAACAUUAAAUGGAUUAAAUAAUUACUGAUUAUUAACUAA